AUGGGGAGGAUCAGGAAAAACCACUUUGGGAUUUUGACUUUUUCCUUACUAGUGACUUUCGUCUGGGCUCAAAGCGUCAAGGAUAUCAAAGAUCCGAGCAAUAUGCCUCUGGUAAAAGAAACAGUGGACAGACUGAUGAAAGGAUACGACAUUCGGUUGAGGCCAGAUUUCGGAGGUGCGCCGGUGGCGGUGGGGAUGAAUAUAGACAUAGCCAGCAUAGACAUGGUCUCGGAAGUCAACAUGGACUACACCUUGACAAUGUACUUCCAGCAAGCGUGGCGGGACAAGCGCCUGUCCUACUCUGAGAUCGCCUACAACCUGACUCUGGAUAACAGAGUGGCAGAUCAGCUGUGGGUCCCCGACACCUACUUCCUCAAUGACAAGAAGUCCUUCGUUCACGGCGUCACGGUCAAGAACAGGAUGAUCCGUCUCCACCCAGACGGCACGGUGCUUUAUGGACUCAGGAUCACCACCACUGCAGCCUGCAUGAUGGACCUGCGUCGCUACCCUCUAGAUGAGCAGAACUGCACCCUGGAGAUCGAAAGCUAUGGCUACACCACGGAUGAUAUCGAGUUUUACUGGCGAGGUGGAGAUGGCGCCGUGUCCGGGGUCGACAGAAUAGAACUGCCACAGUUCUCUAUUGUUGACUACAAACUCAUCUCCAAGAACGUGGUCUUUUCUACAGGUUCCUACCCCCGCCUGUCCCUCAGCUUCAAACUGAAGAGGAACAUUGGUUACUUCAUCUUGCAGACAUACAUGCCUUCCAUCCUGAUUACCAUCCUCUCCUGGGUCUCCUUCUGGAUCAACUACGAUGCCUCAGCUGCCAGAGUGGCCCUUGGGAUCACUACGGUGCUGACCAUGACCACCAUCAACACCCACUUGCGAGAGACGCUCCCUAAGAUCCCCUACGUGAAGGCUAUUGACAUGUACCUGAUGGGCUGCUUUGUGUUUGUCUUCCUGGCCCUGCUGGAGUACGCCUUCGUCAACUACAUCUUCUUCGGCCAGGGUCCCCAGCGGCAGAAGAAGGCGGCUGAGAAAGCGGCCACGGCCAAUAAUGAGAAGCUGAGACCCGACCCGAACAAGUGGCUGGUGGGAAAUGUAGUUCAGAGAGAUGAUGCUCUGUAUGCCAGAAUGAAACAGAGGGAAAUUGACGCAUAUGACUCGAUGUGGGAUCCCAUCUUUGUGGACGAUGCCGCAUUAGGACUAGGCGAGCAAAGAAAUAAGGUACUGGAGAUGACUCCCGACGACAACAUCCUGUUCAGCACCUUGGAAAUGAAGAAUGAGAUGGGUGGUGCCGGGGAUCUGUCCCGGGGCCUGGGAGCACCCGGAGACCCCCGUAACACCAUGCUGGCCUAUGAUAGCUCGACGCUGCAGUACCGCAGGGCAGCCAUGGCCCGCCAGAACUAUGGCCACAGCGCCUUGGAGCGCCACGCCCAGAAGAAGUCGCGCCUACGGAGACGGGCCUCCCAGCUCAAGGUGAACAUCCCAGACCUGUCCGACGUGAACUCUAUCGAUAAGUGGUCCAGGAUGAUCUUCCCCACCGUCUUCUCCUUCUUCAACGUGGUCUACUGGCUCUACUACGUCCAUUAA